AUGGAGACGAGCCCCGGCCCCCUCAACAGCACCCCCGCGACGCUCGGCCUGUCCCCCGCGCCGGCCAACGGGACGGGCGCGCUCGCGGCGCCCCCGCAGUACGCCGUCGGGCUCUUCCUCUCCUGCCUGUACACCGUCUUCCUCUUCCCCAUCGGCUUCGUGGGCAACAUCCUGAUCCUGGUGGUGAACAUCAGAUUCCGAGACAGGAUGACCAUCCCCGACCUGUACUUCAUCAACCUGGCGGCGGCAGACCUCGUCCUGGUGGCCGACUCCCUGAUCGAGGUGUUCAACCUGGACGAGCAGUACUACGACAUCGCCGUGCUGUGCACCUUCAUGUCCCUCUUCCUGCAGAUCAACAUGUACAGCAGCAUCUUCUUCCUCACCUGGAUGAGCUUCGACCGCUACCUCGCCCUGGCCCGGGCCAUGCGCUGUGGCCCGUUCCGCACCAAGCAGCACGCCCGGCUAAGCUGCGGCCUCAUCUGGCUGGCCUCGGUCUCCGCCACCUUGCUGCCCUUCACCGCCGUGCACCUGCGGCACGCUGGCGACGCCUGCUUCUGCUUCGCAGACGUCGAGGAGGUCCAGUGGCUGGAGGUCACCCUGGGCUUCAUCAUCCCCUUCGCUGUCAUCGGCCUCUGCUACUCGCUCAUCGCUCGGGCGCUCCUCCAGGCCCACCGGCACCGGGGCCUGCGCCCCCGGAGGCAGAAGGCCCUGCGGAUGAUCCUGGCCGUGGUCCUCGUCUUCUUUGUCUGCUGGCUGCCCGAGAACGUCUUCAUCAGCGUGCACCUCCUGCAGCGGACGCCGCCGGGGGCCGCGCCCUGCCAGUCUUUCCGCCACGCCUACCCCCUCACUGGUCACAUCGUCAACCUGGCGGCUUUCUCCAACAGUUGCCUGAACCCCCUCAUCUACAGCUUCCUGGGGGAGACCUUUAGGGACAAGCUGAGGCUGUACAUCGAGCAGAAGACAAACAUGUCGACCCUGAAUCGCUUCUGUCACGCGGCCCUGAAGGCAGUCUUCCCGGACAGCCCCGAGCAGCCGGAGGUGAAGUUCAGCAGCGUGGCCUAG